AUGUCUGAGCAAAACGGAGCCCAUAGCCUGCAGGCGGAGCUGGAGCGCAUGAACGCGGCCAUUGAGUCUUAUGCCCUCCAGCUUGACACGAUCAACAGCGCCAUCGAGUCCAUUGAUAGCGAAAACCACAGCGACGAUGUCUCACGGCAAAUUUUUGAAUAUCAGACGGCGUGUGAACGCGACCCCGCAAAUAUUUCCGCGGAGGACGCUCUGGACACCGUCACACGUCUGGAGAACACACUCAAGAUUGUCAGGCGCCGGAACCAACUUCUCGCCAAGGAGAAUGCGACGCAGCAAAAGCUGCUGAAUGACCGGUCCAAAUUUUUGCUGAAGGAGACGAAAAACUACGAGAAUCUUGUUGACAGGACGGGUUGGCACGAGCAGUGCUCUUUAAACCCUGAGGAUGAGGCCCAGAAGGCGUCUGACAUCCAAGAGAUGUCACAACUUGAGGUAACGGUCCAGCGAGAGUUACGUGCGGCACACACAAUCCUAAAGAAGAAGGAAGCCCUCCUUCGCGGACUUGAGGAGCAGCUGGCAAAGGGCACAGACCUUGACGCCGAACUGAACAACGCCUACAAUGAUAUUCGUGUCAGGAAGCGUGAAUGCCGUGAGCUCGAACUACGGCUUGAGCAUUUACGCAAAUGCAGCAAGAAGAACGACGAGGCUCUGACGGUGUUUGAAAACCAUGGGCAAAGCGUUUCCAUAGAGUACAUGGAAACUGACAAAGAUUUUCUGAAAGACGCGGUAGCGCAAAUGAAGCUUGUCUGUCGUCGCCAAGACAAUGUCAUCCGGGCGCAACUGACACGUCAACAACAACUCCAGACUCGUCUUGACACUAUUCUCAGAUCACUUCGGGAAAUGAAUUUGGAAAAGGAAUAUGAACGGAAUGUCUCCAAGUCUGCCUUGGUGCCUUCUGCUUCCCGUGAGGAACCUGAAGACGUCUCAAGCAUUCUUCCCAAAGAAGAAACGAUACCAAUUCAUACUUAUCGCCUUAUUUUCAAAAACAAGGAGCUUAUGAACACCAACGUUGUACGAAAGAAUAUGUUGGUGUUGGAAAAGGAGGGGGUAAUUCAGGCUCUGGAGGCAAGUUUAAUGAAGUAUGCGAAUGCAUUGAACAUGACAACGAGGCAGCUAGAGAACAUGAAAAUAAACAAAGGUUUUGAAAUGACUGAACUCAUGGUGGAGCUCCAGCAGCAGCACAAGAACUACUUGCAACAACUGGAGCAAAUUAUGCAAGAAAACAAUAAACUUAAAAAGCAACUGUACCGGACGCCACAAUUGCGCACAUUAAUAAAAAACCGUUAG